AUGAGCCUCACGCCAAUCGUGUACGUGCAGACCGUGGCCAGCGGCGCCGAGCCCAUGCCCUUUCUGGCUGCGGAGUUUGUGGCGUCAAACCUCUGGUCCAUGGCUCUCUACAUCGGCAACCCCACCAACAUCAUCGUUGCGCAGGCCUUCUCGCUGUCGUUCCUCGAUUACUCCCGCUGGAUGCUCGCCCCCACGGCCGCCGCCGGCCUGGCCGCGACGACGGUGCUGUACUUGACACACCGCCGCGCCCUCCCAGCACGGCUGGCCCUUCCCGAGAUCCCGCCCGCAUCAGUGCUGUCAGAUCCUUGGGGCGCCGCAUUCGGGGCCGCCAACCUAGCGGUCUGCCUCGCGCUGCUGGCCGCGGCGCCGUCGCUCGGGUUUCCCUUGUGGGCGGUCACCCUGGUGUGCGCCGGCGCGAGCUGCGCAUAUGGGCUGUGCGCGUACGUGCUUGCGCCGCUGUGGCAGCGGCGGCUGCCGCGGCCGCCGCAGGGGCGGCGCGGCGGGCGGUCGGUUGCAGAGCUGCUGCCGCGCAGCGGGCGCGGCGGGGCGACACCAAGCAGCAGUCAAUUCUUUGACGCUGGCAACAGCGCAAAUGGCGGUGGCGGCAGCGGCGGAGAUGCGAGCAAGGAGGGCGCCGCAGGGGGCAGCGGGGCGGGCAGCGAGCUGCUUGUGUGGGCAGGAGCGGACAUGGCAGCCGAGGCGUCCACUGGCGCACGCGCGCCACUGGCGGUCUCCACCAAUGGGGCAGCUGUGGACACAGCAGCAGCGGGCGAUGCUGCCGCCUGGCGUGUGCAGCAGCAGCCGGGCCUGGCCCCAUUCGAACUGGACCACACACCUGCGGCGCCAGACGCAGCGCCGCUGCGGCCGGGCGAUCUCGACUCGGCGGCCGCAGCAGCGGCGGCGGCCAGUGCGGGCGCGGCCGACGAGCCUCCGAGCGGCGCGGCGGCGGCCGCAAGCAGCCUCCGCACCCAGCUGGCCGCCAAGCGGCCGACGUUCUGGGGACCGUUUUGGAGCGUGCCCUGGGACGUGGUGCCCCUGGUGCUGGGCUUCUUCAUAUUGGUGGAGGGCCUGUCGGCCAACGGCUGGGUGGACCGCCUCGGGGCCGCACUGGGCGGCAGCGCCCGCAGUCUCGCGGCAGGGCUGUGGCUCCUCGGCGCCAUUUCUGUUCUAAUGUCCAACCUUAUUGUCAACCAGCCGAUGACAAUCCUGCUGACGCGCGCCUGCAUGAGCCCCGCCUUUGCCGCCGCCGCCUCCGCCGCCGGCGCCGUCGCGCCGGCCGCGGUGCGGCACAACCUGCAGGCGGCGCUGUUUGCCGUCGUCGUGGGCAGCAACACGGCCGCGUGCUUUACUGUCAUCGGAUCCCUGGCUGGGAUCAUGUGGGUAGCAAUCAUCAAGCAGCGGGGGUUGAGGACGACGUAUGUGCAGUUCACGCGCCUCAUGCUUCCCGCGGGCGUCGCGUCGACAGCCGCUGCGCUCCUGGUGUUGUGGUGCGAGUUUGCCUUUUCACCGUACUAG